CGCCCAUCUUCCCUUUCUUCUCCCGCCAUGUCCUACCGACUGCUUCAAGACUCAAUACCCCGUGCCAUGGUCAGACUCGAGGAAGGCAGGAACUGGGCAAAGCAAGUGCCCCGGCGGAAGGUUGUCAUCAUGGUCGUCGCUGCAGUCAGCGUACUGUUGCUUUUGCACGGCUUUGUCGCGUUCUGGCCUACGCCUGAUAAGAUGUCUAUGAUACAACCCCUCGAGUCAUUCCACGAUUCCGGCAAGACAUUACGACGCGACUCUUGGAUAUCUGUCAGCGACUACGACAUCGUCGUUGCCCACUAUGACGAAGACGCCAACAUGAUGCGCGAAUCGAUAGACGCUGUCCUCCAACGCCUUCCCGAGGGCAAAACACACCGCACAAUCAUCUACCACAAGGGCGACCGCAACAAGGCCGGGCUGAGGGAGCUGCUGGAGUUUGCGGAUGAGGUGACGCAGAUCCCGAAUGUGGGGAGAGAGGGAGAGACGUACCUUAACCAUAUCGCGAGAGUGUACAACGAGCCCAAGACUGGUCUUGCUGGACAUACCCUUUUCAUGCAGCCCCAUCUGGCCUGGCACUGGGUCUUCAUCCCCCGACUUGAAAAGCUCCUCCGGCCGAAUACCGGUUUCUUGUCUUUCGGGCCUUAUAUCAACCAGACGUGUGGACUUGAUGAGAAUGCCAACUCUUUCCCUCGUCUUGCCGAUAUCUACUCGAUGUUCCGGAAUGACUUUUGCCCUCCUGUUCCUCAACUCGCUACAUGGGCAGGCCAAUUCAUCGUCUCUCGAAAACGUAUCCUCGACAACCCCCUCCGGACAUAUGAGAAUCUGAGAUCAAAGUUCCAUGCGGUGCCGGAACAUUGGAUUUGGAAAGAGGGAUGGUGGAAUAACAAGCCUUCGAACCCUACGCUCGGACACGCCCUCGAACGCGGCUGGCCCCUCAUAUUCGACUGUACAGACGGUACCAUGUCGGUCUCGUGUCAUGAAGGUAGUGGGGAGACGUGUCAGUGUUUGGAUUGAGCGUUUUUCUUGGGAUUUUCAAGGAGGUUUCUGAGAAUGGGUGUAGCGCUGCGGGAGAGAGCGUUGGGGUAAGCGCGUAUGGAUGGGUAUGGGUAUGUGGAGUUCGAAAUUUGAAUUUGGAUUUGCGGACUUAGGGCUUGAGGAUUCGGGGAUCUUGGGAGGGGGCUGUUUUUAGUUGUAUCCGUACGACGACGUGGGCUCUGGAUAUCAGAGCUUGCAUGAUGCAUUAUAGACAUCUUGA